AUGGUAGAUAUCAAAAGAGAGCUGGAGAACUUACAUAAGAGAGGUUUCGAAGAUCAUGCUGCAAAGAUCAGAGAGCUCGAAGAUAAGCUAUCGGUUGAGGUACAGCGGGAGGAGCAGUUCUGGGCUCAAAAGGCCAGAACAAAUUGGCUGAAAUGGGGCGAUAAAAACACGUCUUAUUUUCACGCUAAAGUCAUUCAACGGAGGAGGAAAAAUAACAUUAUGCAGCUAAAUGAUGGAGAUGGAAAUAGCUGCAAGGAUCAGAGUGGAAUUAUUGCCAUUGCCUUGGAUUAUUUUAAAAACAUUUACAAAACUUGUAGACCGAAUCAUGAAGAUAUUGCAAGGGCAACGGCUGGAAUUACUCCAAAAGUCACGCAGGUUAUGAACAGGCAAUUGAUCCGUCCUUUUUCAGAGGAUGAAAUCCGCAAGGCAGCUUUCGCAAUUGAUCCGGAUAAGGCUCCGGGACUCGAUGGUAUGACCGGCUUAUUUUUCCAAGCGAAUUGGGAGGUAGUAAAAAGCGAUGUUUGUGCAGGUAUCAAGUCCUUUUUUGAAGGAAACAGGCUGCCUCAAGGAAUUAACCACACUUCCAUUACCCUAAUUCCUAAAGUUCAAACUCUGGUUUCUAUGGCGGAUCUCAGACCGAUUAGCCUUUGCCCGGUUUACUACAAGAUUCUAUCUCGGCUGCUCACUAACAGACUUCAAAAGAUCAUUCCCAAUAUCAUUAGCGAAAACCAAAGUGCCUUCACUAAAGGUAGAAAUAUAUCGGACAACAUCAUUUUGGCUCAUGAACUUACACACCACCUUAAGACUCGUAGGGGAAAUCAAAGUUACGAACUCGCCUUGAAACUCGACAUGAGUAAGGCUUACGAGAGGAUAGAGUGGAUCUUUGUUAAACGAGUUCUCCGAAAGAUGGGUUUUCACUUUGUUUGGAUUAAAUGGAUCAUGGAGUGUAUUUCUUCAGUUACGUACUCUCUUAAUUUUAAUGGGGAUGUGCACGGUUUUAUCUCUCCUUCUAGAGGCCUUCGGCAAGGAGACCCACUGUCACCUCUUAUUUUUAUUAUGUGUGCGGAAUGUUUCUCUGCACUGCUUUUGCAAGCAGAGAGGAAUCAGUUGAUAUCCGGUGUCUGUAUAGCACCUCAGAGUCCCUCUAUUUCUCAUCUCUUAUUUGCGGAUGACUCGCUUUUGUUUGUGCAGGCAUCUCAUUUUCAAGCUUCAAAUGUGAAACGCAUACUGCAAGUUUACUGCCAAGCUUCUGGGCAGCUUAUUAAUUUCACCAAAUCUUCAAUUUUCUUUAGUAGAAAUACUCCGAUGAGAUUAAGAGACGUGGUGAUGAAUAUUCUUGAGGUUUCUCAUGUUGGCGGUUGCGGGAUGGAAAGAGAUCCUCCUAUCGAUGGGGGGAGAGAGGUGCUUAUCAAAAGUAUUGCAAUGGCAAUCCCGGUUUUUGCGAUGUCUUGUUUCCUUCUACCGAAAAGCUUGGGAAAGGAGAUUAACAAAAUUUUAUCAAAUUUUUGGUGGGGGCAGAAAUCAAAUGAGAGAAAACUUCAUUGGGUUUCAUGGAAUAAAAUGUGUCAAGCUAAAGGCGUGGGAGGCAUCGGUUUUAGAGAUUUGGAAGCUUUCAACCUUGCUCUCCUAGCCAAACAAGGUUGGAAACUGUUAACGCAACCGGACUCUUUAAUCUCUAAAGUUUUCAAAGGCAAAUACUAUCCGACAGGAUCCUUUAUUCAGGCAGGUAAUCACUGGAAUGGGUCUUGGGCAUGGAAAAGCUUUCUGAAAGGCCGAGAAGUCUUGGUUAAAGGGAUUCGAUGGCAAGUGGGAAAUGGCAAUGAGAUUGAUGUUCGUCACGACCCGUGGCUGCCCACGCAUUUUCCUUUUAAGGUUAAUUACAUUGCCAACAUACCUCAAUAUUUGGCACGAGUUUCAGAUUUUAUUGUACCAAUACUUUUUUGUUGGAACAGAACUUUGGUUCAGUCUUCUUUUCUUAGUCAUGACGCUGAUGCUAUUCUUGCUCUCCCUGUCUCGGCUACGGGAACAAAUGAUAAACUAGUUUGGAAUGAGACUAAGACGGGUAAGUUCACUGUUGGCUCGGCAUAUCAUCUCGCUCAUUCUAUGUUUUCUAUCCAGACAGCCGCAGGAAACCCCUUUGAUCCAGGUCCUAUGAAUUCAGUGAUUUGGAAGCAACUAUGGAAAUUAAGCAUUCCUCAACAAGUUAAAAUCUUCAUUUGGAAGGCUUUAAACAAUGGUUUAGCAUCAAAUGGAAAUAUUCAUAGGAGAAUCGAGGAGAGAUGCGAGUUAUGUCCGCGUUGUCCGAAUACUGAGACCAUAAGUCAUAUUCUCCUCCAGUGUCCUUUUGCGGAAACGGUGUGGAUGGGGUCGAGCUGCCAUUUGAGGGAGGCUGCGUUGAUAGCGGGAAACUUCAAAGAAUUUUGGGCCUCGAUGAAUAAUUCAGCAGAUAAGGUGGAAAGGUGGACAUCUAUUGCUUGGAUUAGCUGGGCCAUUUGGUUAGCCAGAAACGCUGCAAUUUUUAGAGAAGAUGAUACGGAUCCAUUGAUGGUAUUAGGGAGGGCUUCAGACUUACAAGGAGAAUAUAUGGCGGCAAAUGCAAGUAAUAGGGUCCGACCUGCUGUUACAAGGCCAGAAAUUAUCCAAAAUCUCCAUUGGCAACCUCCUAGUUAUAAUGGGAUUAAAAUCAACUUUGAUGGGGCUGUACAUGUUCAGUCUAAAAUAUGUGCAGGUGCUUGUGUUGCCAGGGAUACUAGGGGGAGUGUGCUUGCUUCUUUUGCUCGUCAGUUCCGCUCUGUGACUUCGCCGGCUCUAUGUGAGGCCUUCGCCCUUAGGGAAGCUCUGCUACUUGCCAUACGCAUGAGACUGAAGUUUGUUCACUUCGAAGGCGAUGCCAAGAGUAUUAUCGAAGCAAUGACGGAGAACAAACCGACUGAUGUAGCUUGUGAAGUUGUUAUUCAAGACUGCAGGAAGCUUAGCAAACCUUUUCCGUUUUUUACUUUUGGUUUUGUUAAUAGAUCGAUUAAUUGGGUGGCACAUUCCGUUGCUAAGAAAGCCCUUCAUGAUAGUAGUUUUUGUUGUAAUUCUCUAGCCCAAGUUUUGUGGUUAGAGGCGAGACUCGAGGAGUCGGUUAAUAGUAAUCAAUGA